GAUUCCGUCUGAAGGGUAGCCGCUCCAUUUUUGGGCGAGCUCUUCCAACAGGAGACGCCCCUCCAACCUGGAAACCUCUACUCGCUUCCUUCCAUCGGGCAUUUUCCUGGCAGUGGGCAACAUGUCGUCUUCAAGCAGCACCGCCGUCACUAUCGACCGGGAGUAUUUUGAUACCCUCGUUCGAAGGGCGCAGUUUAAUGCCGAUUCUCCAAAGGCAGACGGGCACCUUGCUUCCGUCGUCAUUUCGCGGGCCGAAUAUGACAGCCUCAUGUUUGUCGCCAGGCAAUAUGGGAAUCUCAGACGGAACCUUCUUCGCGGCGGCGUAGGAGCGGAAACGGUGGAUCUUCUCAGCCAGGAUGAUGAGACCAUCCAGGGGGGGGCAAAGACGUCCGCUGCCCCAAAGGCAGACCUGAACGAGGACGGAGGGGCCCGCCUCUACACACCCGCCCCGCCCGCCGCGUCCGGUGGCACGUACGGCCCGCAGAAGGACGUGCCGCACGACGGGCCUCACAAUCGGUAUCAGGAUCGCUCUACAUGGGCUGACGGCGACGUGGGUCACGACGAAGACGACGAGAAUGGUGCCAGCGACACCGAGUCCCAAAUCGAGGACCCCCCUGGCGCUAACUACGCCAAACCUCAGGGCCAGCGUCAGCAGUUCGAGCGCCAAUGCGUUCGCACAAUCCAGCUUUCGCACCUUGCCGAGGGCACGACCCAUGCUGACAUCGCGAACGCUGUGCGUGGCGGGAUGCUGCUGGACAUCUUUCUCCGUAGCCACGACCGCUCCGCGAUGGUGUCUUUCCUCAGGUCGGUGGACGCCAAGAAGUUCUACGACCAUGUCCGCCGGCAUGACUUGUACAUCAAAAACAAGAGGAUUGAAGCUAAGUGGAACGACCGUCAAUUCGUUCUCCCUGGCCACGUCGCGAACAAAAUUGGCACCGGUGCCAGUCGCAACCUGGUGAUUCAGGGAUAUGAUAAUAGGCAUACCGAAGAAGUCAUCCGUGAGGACUUGGACCACAUCCACAACUUGGUCGUCGUCAAGAUCGAGUUCAUUGGCGGCAGCUGCUACAUCGGGCUUAAUUCGGUCCACAACGCCAUCUCUGCGCGUCAGUGCAUGCUGAGCCGCCUGUAUGUAUCCUUGUUGUCAUGUCACCGCCUUUUAGGAGCUAACAAAGACAAUAGCAGGUACAAGGGCAAGAAGAUCAACUACGACGUCGACGAAUGCGCCCAGCCGUACCCUCAACCAGCGCCCAAGGUGCGCAAGGAGAUGGCGCCGCCCAAGAAGGGAUUUUCGGCGGUCCCCAACCGCUUCCAGCUGCUGAACCUUGAUGACGGCGACGAGGACGAGAUUGCGGCCCCGUUUCAGGCCAAGAAUUCGGUGGGUAUCACGGCGUAGAAGCCCACGACCCACUGUCUCGCUGGCAUCGCUUUUCCAUAAAUAAAUGGUCGAGCGAGGGGGACCAGAGGGUAGCCCGAGGUGAUUUAGGGACGGAGCACGGGAAACAUGGUUCAUUUCGCACUACACAGUAGCGGCAGGCGUUAAAAGGAUACCCAUGGUUAGUUCCCCGGAUGCAUGUAUGGCAGAGUGCCCAUGAAGGGGAAUUACCCAGCCGUCUAAGUCUUUGUGCCGAAGAUGCAUCUAUCACGCUCUAUCACGCCACUAUUUGGUCUUGACCCAACAAAUAAUUUGCUCUAACCGCCCGGCGCCUCAAUGUCUCAGUCCCUUUGUUCUAGACUCACUCCGUUUUUCGACUGAAAUGAUUCCCUUCCUGCAUGUCUGG